AUUUGUAAUUAUUCUGGGAAAUGUUUUAUGUAUCCAUCAUUACUUACACAAUGCCAAAAAACACAUAUUGGUGAAAAGCCUUACAAAUGUAAUGCUUGUGGGAAGGCUUUUAGAGAAAGCUCAAACCUCACUAGUCACCAGAGAAUUCAUUCUGGGCAGAGACCUUACAAAUGUAAUGUGUGUGGCAAAGCCUUUACCCAAUUUGCAAACCUUACUAGACAUGAGAGAAUCCAUACCAGAGAGAAACCAUAUAAAUGUAAUAUAUGUGGCAAGGUCUGUAGUCAAAAUUCAAAUCUUGCAAGUCAUCAGAAAAUUCAUACUGGAGAGAGACCUUACAAAUGUAAUGAGUGUGACAAAGCCUUCUCCGAGCGUUCAAGCCUUACUCUACAUAAGAGAAUCCAUACUGGAGAGAAACCUUAUAAAUGUAAUGAAUGUGGAAAGACUUUUAGAGUAAGCUCGAAUCUCACUAAUCAUCAGAGAAUUCAUUCUGGGCAGAGGCCUUACAAAUGUAAUGAGUGUGACAAAUCCUUUAACCGCACCUCACACCUCACUAGACACCAGAGAAUCCAUACCGGGGAGAAACCAUAUAAAUGUAAUGUAUGUGGCAAGGUCUGUAGUCAACAUUCAAAUCUUGUAAUUCAUCAGAGAAUUCAUACAGGAGAGAAACCUUACAAAUGUAAUGAAUGUGGCAAAGCCUUUAUGGAGCGUUCAAGCCUUACUCAACAUAAGAGAAUCCAUAGUGGAGAAAAGCCUUACAAAUGUAAGGAAUGUGGCAAAGCCUUUAACCAGUCCUCUAACCUUGUCAUACAUCAGAUAAUUCAUACUGGAGAGAAGCCAUACAAAUGUGAUGCGUGUGGCAAAGCCUUUAAUGUGUGUUCAAGCCUUACCCGACAUCAGAGAAUCCAUACUGGGGAGAAGCCUUACAAAUGUAAUGAGUGUGACAAGGCCUUUACCCAAUUCGCAAACCUUACUAGACAUCAGAAAAUGCAUACUGAAAAGAAACGUUGUAAACCUAAUAUAUGUAGCAAGGCUUUUAUCCAGAGAUGAAGCGUUGGGGAUCAUCAGAGAAUUUGUAGUGGAGAGAAACCUCACAAAUGUGUGUGGCAAAGCCUUUAAUGUGUGUUCAAACCUUACUGGACGUCAAGGAAUCCAUACUGAAGAAACC